AUGUCAACAGAACCAAUUAAUGCCAAUGAAUAUUAUUACAUAAUGGAAAAUGGAACAAACGAACAGAUAGUACAAUUCUAUCGAGAAUUAGAUGCUCGGCUUAUUUAUUUAAAACAAAAAGAACAAUAUGCAUUCUUGAAAGAUAAAGAAGCAGACGAGUAUGAAUGGGUGCAAGACGUUAAACCAGAUUUAUUUAAUCGUUACAGACGCGCACGUGAUGCUAUAGAUGCAGUAGCAAAUCAUGUUAUGUUAAAUUACAAAAAUAAAACCAAUGUUUUUUAUUUGUCAAGUGCACCUGUUGUUUCAUUACUCAAACCUAUACUUCAGUAUUUCAUUGAACAUUUAAUUAUGCUGACAUAA